AUGACGACUCCCCCGAACCCCUCCCCGCUCCUCUGCUCUCGCCCCAACCCCUCCCUUCCUCUCCACCGCCGCCCUCGGUUCCCCCACUCUCCGGCCGCCGCCAACACAACCGGCGCCGCCUCGGCGCCGGACUGGUUCCGCCCUCGCCGUCCUCCGGACACGGACCCGUCCACCUCCCCCGGCGGCCGCGUCGCCGCGCGCGAUCCUGGCGUUCGCGUCAAGGCCAAGGAGGGCGCCGAGGAGGAGAAAGGUAAGAAGGGUAAGAGGAGGAGAUGGUGGGAGCGGUGGUCGGGAAACAAGGAGAGCUACCUGGUGGAUGAUGUGGAGCCGCUCCCCAUCCCCUUGACCGUACCAGAGACCGAGCCCAUGUCGCGGGAGGAGCUCAACCGCCGGCUUAGCUGCGACAUCAAGAUCGAGGAUUGCAAGACGGUUUCGUACGAGUGGACGGGCAAGUGCCGGAGCUGCCAGGGGACGGGGCUGGUCAGCUACUUCAGGAAGAAGGGCAAGGAGACCAUCUGCAAGUGUGUGCCAUGCGCCGGCAUUGGUUAUGUGAGGAAAAUUACAUAUCGUGAGGACAUUCAAAAGAUAGAUGAGCUAGACAAUGACAAACUAGCAUAG